AUGGCGACAGGUUUGUGCCGAACGUGGAGCUCUCUGUCUACUACUUGGCGGUGUUCAUGUGUCAAUCUGCGCGAGUUUUGCACAUCCAAUUUGGACACCUACCUGGAAGUGGAACAGCUGAAGAACGUUAAGAGUGAAGCGUUCUACGAGCGACAAGGCCAGCAUCGAAGAUACUUCUACUACAUUGAUUUGCAGGGCCGUCUGUUUACGGAAGACACCCGCCCAAAGAACAUUGCAACGUGCCUCAAAAGUGCCAAGUUCCUGCGUUUCUUUUUUUCACACGUGCAACCGAACGACAUUGCGCGGUGCAAAUCGAAAGAAGAAGAAGAGUUCUUGGAGUAUCCCUUUCAGUCCCCAUGUGGCAAAGAGAUGAACUACAUCAAGUGCGCUGAUCGUCCGUUCGUGUUUGAGGAUCUCCGGCGAGACGAUUGGGGAAAGUGGACGCUCGCGUUUGGUGGCGGUGAACUGACGAUGCCGUUUAUGCCUGAAACGCUGCGCAUCUCCCUUUCGACGGGAAGACUGUACCACGACGUGCGAACAAAGCACAUUGCGCCUGGCACUCCUGGAAGCAUUGCACUCGUCAAGUCUCAACUCGCUGUAGAACUUGGUAAAUGCAUAGAUAUGCACGACUUCCCCGACAAUCUCGACUCUGUUGAGGAUGUCCAUGCGUUGAAACUAGGCCACUUCGAGUGGGAGAGUCAACGCUAUGCUAUCCACGCUGUCGCGUGA